AUGUACUGUAUUCAAGAGUCCCACUUGUUGCAAAAGACCUCCCCCGUUUCUAUAGCAACAGCGCCCGCUGCCACCCAGCCUCAUUCCAAAAGCCUGACAAUCCCCAGUAAAGUUGAGAGCACAGAGAGUGGCACGGUCGCCGAAAGUUAUCAACUUUGUGCGAAAGUUUCAGCAGCUAUAUCUACGUGUUUCGAAACAAUGGAAGCAGGUGACUUCAAGGACUUCGCCAAAGCGAUGACCGAUUACAUUGCAGAAUAUUUGGAAAACAUUAGAGACAGGCAAGUUGUCCCAUCAGUGAAGCCAGGUUAUCUACGACCGUUAGUGCCUGACACGGCGCCUGAGAAGCCAGAACCCUGGACCGCGGUGAUGGCUGACAUAGAACGUGUCGUUAUGUCCGGUGUGACGCAUUGGCAUUCGCCUCGCUUCCAUGCCUACUUCCCAACAGCAAACUCCUACCCUGCUAUCGUAGCAGACAUGCUCAGCGGUGCAAUUGCUUGUAUUGGAUUCACAUGGAUCGCUAGCCCAGCAUGUACGGAAUUGGAAGUAGUAAUGCUUGAUUGGCUAGGCCAGAUGCUCGGACUACCUGAACAAUUUCUGGCACGGUCUGGGGGAGAGGCUGGUGGAGUCAUCCAGGGUACUGCGAGUGAGGCCACACUCGUAGGACUUCUAGGGGCAAAGGCUCGUGCUAUGCAACGAGUAAAGGAACAACAUCCUGAAUGGACUGAGACGGAAAUUCUCUCAAAACUCGUGGCUUAUUGCAAUAAACAAGCUCAUUCGUCCGUUGAGCGGGCUGGUCUCUUAGGAGGAGUAAAAAUGCGCUCUUUGAAGCCCGAUAAUAAGAGACGUCUUCGAGGCGAUAUUUUGCAGGAGGCUAUGGAUGAAGAUAUUAAAAACGGUCUUAUCCCUUUCUAUGUAGUAGCCACGCUUGGGACCACCUCCUCUUGCACGUUCGACGCUCUCGAUGAAAUAGGCGACGUUUGCAAUUCACAAAACGUCUGGCUGCACGUGGACGCGGCGUACGCCGGUUCCGCGUUCAUUUGUCCCGAGUACCGUUACCUUAUGAAGGGUGUAGAAAAGGCCGAUUCAUUUAAUUUCAAUCCGCACAAGUGGAUGCUCGUCAAUUUCGAUUGCUCAGCCAUGUGGCUCAAGCAGCCGAGAUGGAUCGUCGACGCGUUCAACGUUGACCCGCUUUAUUUGAAGCACGACCAACAGGGCUCCGCGCCGGACUACCGCCACUGGCAAAUUCCCCUUGGGCGCCGGUUCAGAGCGCUAAAGUUAUGGUUCGUGUUGAGAUUGUACGGCGUCGAAAACCUGCAGAAGCACAUUCGGAAGCACAUUGCACUGGCCCACCUCUUUGAGAAGCUGUGUACGUCUGACGAGAGAUUUGAAAUAGUUGAAGAAGUCACCAUGGGACUUGUAUGCUUCAGAUUGAAGGGCAACAAUGAGAAUAAUGAAGAGUUAUUGAGGCGCAUCAAUGGCCGCGGAAAGAUUCAUCUUGUACCUUCUAAGAUUGACGACGUCUAUUUUCUAAGAUUAGCUAUUUGUUCUCGUUUCUCUGAAGAAAGGGACAUUCAUUUCUCAUGGGAGGAGGUUAAAAAUUCCGCCGAUGAAGUACUAGCUCAAAAG